AUGACGUCCAUGGCCGCAGCUAUCGCUGCCUCGCUCCCAGCACAGGUCGCCCCCGUCGCCGCCCCCGCCCCGGCUCCUGCCAAGGUCCCCGCUCGCAUGGAGGGCUUCCUUGACGUCGAGGCCGCUCGCGAGGUCGAGUCCGUCAACCUCAACUCGCUGGUCUUCCUCAAGAUCAUGAAGCACUCGACCGACAUCCUGCCCCCUCCCCCUGCCCAGACCUACCAGCAGGACCGCAACCAGCCGCCUCCCACCAACCUCUCGAGCCACCCCGACGCCCUCGGUAUCCUUCUUGGUCUUGACCUCGACGGUGUCAUGGAGGUUGAGGACUCGUUCUCGCUCCCUGCCGGCGAGACCAGCCUUGGCGCUCACUCGUACUCGACCCGUCUCCUCAACCACCUCCGUGAGGUCCAGACCCCCGAGUCGCCCGUGGGUGUCUACCUGUCGACCCACAACGGUGGCUUUGUUACUCGCGGUGCCGUCGACCUGAUGGUCGCUGUUGAGAAGGCCGCUGGCCGUGGCAAGGCCAUCCUUAUUAUCCACGACGCUUCCAAGGCCGCUGCCGCCGGCGACCUUAGCAUCAAGGCGUACAAGCUUAGCGAGGGAGCCCGUGACGCUGCCCAGAAGGGCAAGUGGGAUGCCACCUCGCUCGCCGAGCACAAGCUCACUUCUUCGACCAUGCUCACCACUCUCCCCGUGAACGUUGCGUCGUCGACCCUUGUCGAGGCUUUCCUUGCCACCCUCACCACCUCGGCCGGCACCGCUGCUCCUUCGCUGUCGAGCCCCGCCGUCCCCCUCCCCCCUUCCUUCCUCCCCCUCGUCAACCCCCUCCCCCACUCGCUCCCCGACUACCUGUCCAACACUCUUGACGCCCUCACUCUGCACACCCACGAGGCCAACAACCUCGCCUUUAUGACUCGCCAAAUCGCGCGUGAGAAGACCAAGCACGAGGCUACCAUCAAGGAGCGUGAGGAGGAGAACGCCCGCAGGCGUAAGACUGGCCAGCCCGAGCUCCCCGUCAUCUCUGCCGAGCUCCGUAGCGGUACCAAGGAGCCCAGCAGGUUGGAGAUGCUCUGCCUCCAGGGCCAGGUUGACGGACUGGCCAAGUCGAUGGGCGCCGAGGCUGGCAAGGGCCUUGUCAGGUGUUAUCUGUAG